GGUGGGCUCGCCUGCCAUUGAGCAGCUGAUGACGGCUCAAUACGGUAACGUUAACUAUUCUGGACGCUGCAAACACGUUGACAGCCCCACCCUCCCAGCGUGCGUGGUGGGGCAUCUGAUAGUGAAUCGGCCCACGUCUGUCUUGCAAGCUAUCGGCUCACUCGGUCGUCGAGGUUCCCGAACCAUCAACAAAAGACUCAGGUAUCUUUUGCCAACGCCAUCACACGCCCGCUUCCGAUCUACAACUCGUCAUGGCCCACCAACGCCUGGCAUUGCAGCCACUGCGGCACUGCCAGCGCAGUCUCGUCGCACACACACACCCGCGCCUUCUCUCAACGACCGCACCGCGCUCAUCGUCAUCAUCUUCUUCUUCCUCCUCCUCCUCCUCCCCAAACCAACCACCCGAAUCGCAAACCGCCUCCUCGCAACCACCACCGACGCCGAAGAAGAAAAAGCCGCUCACCCCCGCCCAGCGAUCCUUCCUCUCCUCCGCGCUGCGCGUCAACCAGGCAGGCGAGCUAGCCGCGACGCUGAUCUACACGGCGCAGACGCCGCCGGUGGUGGCGCGCGAGCCGCACCUGCGGCCGCUGAUGCGGCACAUGUACGAGCAGGAGGCGGGCCACCUGCGGACGUUCGAGGCGCUGGUGGCGCGGCACCGGGUGCGGCCGACGGCGCUGUACCCGCUGUGGUCGGCGCUGGCGGCGGGGCUGGGGUGGACGACGGGCGUGAUGAGCCGCGAGGCGGCCAUGGCGUGCACCGAGGCGGUCGAGACCGAGAUCGGCGGGCACUACAACGGGCAGAUCCGCACGCUGCUGGAGAUGGUGGCCGGCUGGGAGGCCGAGGGCUACGACGUCGGCGACGAGUUCCGCGACCUCAUCGCCACGCUGCGGCGGAUCCGCGACGAGGAGCUGGAGCACCUGGACCAUGCCAUCGAGCACGACGCCAAGAAGGCCCAGCCGCAUUGGUUGUUGACGGGCAUCAUCCGGGCGGGCUGUAGGGGCGCGAUUUGGGUGAGUGAGCGGGUGUAGAGCGCGGCACGGGAUGUAUAUACCGACCGCUGUAUUAUUAUAGACUUGUAUAAGACUACAAUGUGUAUAUUUGUGCCACUGAGAUGAAGAGAAAGGGAAGCGGAGAAAAGGAGAUGAGCGAUAAGGGAAGUUAGGAGCUUGUUCAACGACAUGCUGGCCAUGCUUGCGAGCUUGAUGUCAAAGAGAAGAAAAGGAAGGGGCAAAAC